AUGGACUCGCAAGUUUCCGGGGUUUCCCCGUCUAAGAACCACUUAAGUCAAUGGUGGAAGCAGAUUCGCAACAAUCCCAAAAGUAUGUCUUCAGAUUCUCUAUCAGUGAGCAACUCCGACAACUUAAGACCUGUGUUGAUGUCACAUUCACGUUCUUUCAACAACUCAAGGCGCCCGGCGUCUCCACCAAGCAACCCGAAUUCUGAGGAAUAUCGGUCUUACAGAGAUUCGUUCUUGUCAAGCAGAAAUCAGUUCAUGGGUCAGGUUUUCGGCGUACCGUUGUCGCAGUCACUAAGUGUGGCCAGCGCAGAGGUCAUAGUGCAAAGCGAGCUGGUAAGUUUCGGGCGCAUCCCUAUUCUAGUUGCUAAAUGCGGUGCCUUUUUGAAGUCAAAGGCUUUGCAAACCUCUGGUAUAUUCCGCAUUGCAGGUAAUAACAAGCGUGUUAAGGAAUUACAGUACAUUUUCUCAGCACCUCCGAGUUACGGUACCAAGCUAAGUGAUUGGGACGGGUUCACGGUCCACGACGCGGCGUCUUUGUUACGAAGGUACCUGAAUAAUCUGGAAGAACCGUUGGUUCCUCUGAGUAUGUACGAACAGUUUCGAAAGCCACUUCAGGACAGGCCGCGAAUUUUAAAGCAUUUGGCUCAGGGAAUGGUGAAGGAUCCUGCUCUUGAUGCUGGGGAACCAAAAGCUACCGCUGAAGUAGACAAAGAAAAGGCGCAAAUGAAGGCAGUACGCCACAAGAAAAGACUUACACGAGAUAUUCGGGCCGCGUUGAAGGAAUAUGAGGUUUUAUUCAGCUCGUUAUCAAGUGAUUCAAAACAACUUUUGAUCUAUUUGUUAGACUUGCUCAGUCUUUUCGCGCAACAAUCUGACGUGAACUUAAUGACGGCUCGAAACUUGGCGGCAGUCUUUCAACCGUCAAUAAUGUCGCACCCACAGCACGAUAUGGACCCUAAUGAGUAUGAACUUUCCAGAGUUGUGGUAGAGUUUCUUAUCGAAUACUCCUACAAGCUACUACCGCAUUUACUGAAAAAUUCACGUGCUGUACCCCAAACCAUCGUUAAUGAGCCAGCAGAGGACAACUGCACGCAGUCCAAGGCCAAUCUCGCUAUUCCCAUACCCCAAACUAUUGUGUCUCCCGAUCCUGAGAGCGUCAUUUCAAGGCAAAACGGCUGCGUGUCACCAGCAACACCGACAGAACAAACGACCAAAAGUUUGGACUCUGCGCAAUUGGCAUUAACACCGCCGAGUCCUUCGUUUCUAGACAAACCUAGAAAUGUUCUCAAAAAUAGACCGCAUAGCAAAUCGCUCAGUCAUACGCUUAAUCCGUCGGAUAUCAUUUCUGGCAGAAGGAACUCCCGUCUUUCAUGGCUUAACAGAGUGCUGUCGAACGACACUGAAUUUACAGGAACUGAGGAAGAAUGUGAGGAAGAAGAGGAAGAAGACGUCCAUUCGCCUAUGAGUAUCAACUCGGGUUCUGUUCCGAAACAAACCUUGCUUGCUCUCCCUAAGCCCAAAGAUUCAAGAAGCAUGAGUGGCAGUAGUGCAGUGCGACCUUUUUCAGAAGUCAUAAAUAAAUCAUUCGAGGAAUUGGGAGCAUCUCUAGGACUACGAGGAGAUAGCAACACAGACAAUUCUCCCUUAUUCACUGACGAGGAAAGUGAUUCGCGUGCUAGAUCAAGAUCAAUAAGAAGAAACUCAUGGUUUGAACGGUUGAGAAGCCGAUCGCGGUCCGCCAAACGUUCAUGA